ACUUCAAUUUAUUGCAUGUUUUUUUCCAUUUUUUUAAAUUAAUAGGAAAUAAUAAAAUAAGGGCACAAUCUUUCAUCUACAGAGCGAGCACGCCACAUAAGGAAGAAAUGGAGGCAUAGUUUUUUUUUUUUUCAAAAAAUAAAAAAUAAAGAGAGAGAGUGAAGAAUUUGCUUAAACGUCUCUUUCUUUCUUGCUUUCUUUCAUCUGUCCUCUCUUCUCUCUCAUUCUUUGCUUCUUCUUAGUACAGAAGAGAAGAGAGAAGAGAGAAAAGAAAGCAUAUCCGUCCAAGCAAAGCAAAAAAGAAAAACAUUUGUUGAUAAUUUUUGGGUUUCUGUUUGUGCUUGAACGGGUUUCUUAUUGCGUUUGUUUUGUUGUUGAAUUUGAAGUGAAGAAGAUGAUGGUAGCUAACAGCUUCGAUCUAUGGCAAAAAGAUGCUUUCUUUUCGGCUGCAGAGGAGGUUCAGGAAUCUGCUGAUGUAAUGGAAUCAGCAUAUAGAAUGUGGACAAGAGAGAAGAGAGAGGGAUCAAAACCAGAGGAUUUGGAUCAACUCUCCAGAGAGCUCCAAACUGCUUUAGGCACUGCCAAAUGGCAGUUGGAGGAGUUUGAGAGGGCUGUUCAGUUGAGCCGUGGACAUUGUUCUGAUGAUUUCACCGCAUCUAGGCAUAAGCAAUUUGUCACUGCUAUUGAAAGUCAAAUAUCUCUUGUUGAAGCAGCUCUAAGGGAAGCUUUUAGUGGGGAAGGAAAGCAACCUUUUCGAUGGGUGAAUCUAGAUAAAGAAGAAUGUGAUGAUUUAGCCAUGUUUCUAUCUGGAACCAUCCAAAUUCCAGAGAAUGUGAAAGAUGAUUGCACCACGGCCAAAUCUCCCAUGAAAGGUUCUCCUGGAGAGAACCCUCAUAAGAGAAAAAAGGUGGACCAUAACUCUGGGCCCACCUGUAGUAGAGGUACUUCUGAUGAAAAUGAAUUCAUUACCGAUAAUAAAAAUGGAGAAUUUAUUAUAGAUAUACAAGAGAAAGAAAAUCUUGGAAUGAGGGAUGAUAUAAUCAGUCAAGUUGAUAAAACAACUGGUUCAAGGAGAACAUGGAGUUCGCCAAAUUUUGGUUCUAUGAAAUUCGUGGUUGCUCGUGAUGACAAACAAAGGGACAAAAUGAAGUCAAGUGUUGAGGCCACUCCUAAAGAAAAAGGGUACGAAACUUUCUUCUGGAAGCGAAGGUGUGGAGAACAUUCUCGGGCAAAGGGAUCAAUUACUUUGUUCAAUCAGCUCUCUGGUCAGACUGGUGGUUUCCAAAGGCAAUUGCAAACCCCACUGCACCUGCAGUUCAGCUGUUCCAUCCAACUUACUCUUGCUUUAAUGCUCAGCAUUUUCUUAAUUGUGCCUUUUCUAGUUUAUUCAGCUUGAGAAGUAGUAUUACACUGCUCAUUAUUGAGGUGAAAGGUAAUAUGAACUAUACUCUUGUGAAAUAUUUAACAAAAAUAUAAAACUGAGGUAAUAUGGCAUUACUUGUUAGUGGAUGAUGUAAAUAUCCCGCAUUGCCAACUCUGAGGAAACAAUGGUGACAACUUAACAUAAAACACUGACAUUGUGACUUUGAGUGUUUGCUUGCUAUUCUUAUUUUGGAACUAAGACAAUUGUUAUGAUGGAUUUUUGUCCCCUUUUCAGACUGAACCAAUUUUGUCUUCUUGACCCAGAUUCCACUCUGAAACCUAUGAUGAUCUUUUUUGCAUGAAAUCAACUAGAUGCUUCUUUGUGUUUUGGCACCCAAUUUCAUGCUUUACUCAAGUCUUUUGAUAUAGGGGGCAUAUUGUAAUUCUUGUACCACUAGUACAUGAAUUUUUUGCAUCUGCUAUGUUCUCACCACUUGGAAUUGAUAUAGCAUAAGAUCUAUCCUCUUCCCAAAUAAAUGCUUGUUGACAAAAGUCCAUUUCUAUAGCAAAACUGAAGUUUCAAAUUGAGGAAUAUUGGAGCAAUUGAUAAGAGACACAUGGGAAAGAGUUGGAAGCUCCAUUUUGCUUUCAAACAUGUGUUAGAAACCAUUGUCUCUGAGGGUCAUGGAUCAAUCAGUCUUUUUAUGUAGCUUAGGGCAAAAAAUGUUCAAUGUUGUGGGCUGCUGCAAUGGGCUAGUUGUUUUUUUUUUUUUUUUUUUUACAGAUGCUUAGGAAUUUGAAAUAUGAAUGACUUGUCACCACUGGAGCUAUUUAUGAAUGCUAAUAAUGAUUCCAUGGUCUAAAGUCCAAUCGAAGUGCAGUGGAGUCUUGAGAAUUGGUGCAUCCAAAAUGGGGAUCAUAGGGAGCAUUGAGACAGUCUCAAGUGUGGAUACUUUCUCAAAAUUCUGUGUAAUAGUAUUUCAUGUUGUUAGUAAAUGUGAAUCUUGUGCAGUUGAGAUGACUAGAUGAUAAUUAGUUUAACUGUCAGAUGUCCAAAGAGACUAAAUCUCCUCUUUCAUAAACUCCAGUCUUUUGUUUUCUUCCUGUAGUUGAAUUUGGUGGCUUAACGGGUGACAAGAUUUCGAUUUAA